ACUUCUAUGCAUUCAAAAAGGGGAAUAAUAGCAUAUAUAUCACACGUACUUUGAUAUAGUGAAUAAUAUAAGGUAUAGUCUACCGACCAACCUCAUUUCACAAACACUUAGCUCAGCCGUCAUGCUUGGUUCAGUAGCAGACGACACAAAGGAGAUGGACUCCUACAGCGAUGACAAUGAACUCUCAAGUUGUGAUGCAUCAGAUUCAAGUGAAGAAGAACCUGAGCUCGCCAGCGACGUGGACGAGCUGAUAGAUGAAGAGAUACGAACAGUGCAGGAAAUGGUUCUGUCGAAAAGGAAGAUAAAGGCACUUAAAAAAGCCAGGCGAGUCCUCACAGAGGAUGAAGUAGUUACAGAAGAAUCAACGACACUGUGCGAACUAAAUUCCGGCCUCAGUAAAGAAGAAUUGCUUGCCAGCAGGUCGGCUCGACGCGUGCUAAGGCGCAAUCAUGAGGCCAAACGGGAUCAAACAGCUGAAGAUGAAACGAACUUGCACAAUAGUAACGAGCCACAUGCGACGAAUAAUGGCGCUGUGGCUACAGCUGAGAAUGCCGAUGUGGCCGGAUCUUGCAGUGAAUCCAAAAAAACAUCAGACUCCAAAUCUUCUACCCAAAAUUUUACUCCGCCCCCAUUUUCGGUCCCAAUAUCAGCCGAUGUCACAUCAUACGACUUCAAAUCAUUAGCCCAACUGACGAAAUUCGAUGUCAUCCACAUGGACCCCCCUUGGCGGCUCGCCAAUGCCAAGCCAACACGUGGUGUUGCGCUGGGAUAUUCACAGCUGUGUGAUAAUGAUAUAGCUGACAUGCCCGUAGAGUGCUUGUCUGAUAGCGGCUUCAUCUUCAUCUGGGUUAUCAACAAUCGGUUCGAGGUGGGCUUGGAGCUGAUGACGAAGUGGGGCUACAAAUUUGUGGACAACGUCGACUGGGUCAAGCAAACCGUCAACCGGCGCUUGGCAAAGAGUCAUGGAUACUACUUACAGCACGCCAAGGAAACGUGUCUCGUCGGAUUCAAGGGAGACCUAAACUACGUCAAGUCGACUACACACACCGAUGUCAUCUUCGCACCACGAAGGGGUCAAAGUCAAAAACCAGAGGAGAUAUACCACUUGAUCGAAGCUCUAGUGCCUAACGGUAAGUAUUUGGAGAUCUUCGCACGGAAAAACAAUCUGAGGGAUUACUGGGUCUCCAUUGGCAACGAACUGUAAUAAAGUGCGACCC